GUUGUGCCCCUCCAGGAGGACAGGGAUGCUGGCUGCAGGGUGCAGGACGGUGUCCCCGGGGCUUGUCUGGUCCCUCAGUGAGCAAUGCCAGAGACUUGGGGCUGCCCCCACAGUCCAGCAGGGAACUAGGAAGCAGAGGCAGAAGCCAGGAACAGGGACAGCUGGGUGGCUGAGCUCCCCAACCCAGGUCCAGCCCUCCCUCAAGGUGUGGCUUGUGCAAGAAAUGGAUCCACAGCUCCAGUUCCAAAUCUGGCGCUGCCCAGGCCGGUCACCUCCACAGCAGUAAGUGACCUAUAUUAAUGCCACUGCUGGGCCAGGUAAGGGCAUGGGUGCCGACCUGAGAGCCGCGUUAGCCUGGGAGGCAGGCACAGGGGAAGUUAAGUAGAAAGUAAAAGCCAAAGGACACAUGGAGGUGCUUUGGGGACUGCGAGAGUGAGGUGUGCUGGGGAGUAAAGGGGCAGUCAGCUCAGCAGGGUGGCCUGCUUUGAGGGGGUGGGAAUCAGGCAGGAAAGGCAGGCUUGAACUAGCCUGUGGGUGUCCCAAAAGUUCAGGUAGGUGCCCAGAUUAGAUUCAGAGAAGAUCCCCGUGUAUGCUGAGCAGGGUCAGAUACUCGCUGAGAACGGUACAGGUGUCGCAGACUGUGUUAGGGACAGGGUUCAUCAUGGGGGUGGCUUGCCCCAGGGACAGUUUCUAGUUUGGGGGAUGGGUCAGAAACAAGGUAGCAAUAUUUGCAAGCUGUUGGUGUUGCUUAGGGAGGAGGCAAGAGGCCUGGGAGUGCAGGAUAGGAGAGGGUGCGUGGGGCUGCGCACCCCUGGAGUUCUGCACUAAUCCCUUAGUCACAGACUGUAGAGAGAGGGGCAGGGGAGGGAUGAAGGACUAGACAGGGCCCUGAGGCCAGGAGUGAUACAGUGGAGAGAAGAUCAGGAAGAAAAGCAUCCAUAGGAACCUGGAUGUGGCUCGGUGCCAGCUGAGACAGCAACACUGAGACAGGAUGGAGGAGAAGAAAGUACAGACAUGUUGGCCCUUUGGAUGUGUGCGCUGCCUUGCUUUCAAAUGAGCUGGUCUUCCUGUAGCCAGGUUUUGCUUUUAAAUAAGUCUGUUAUGCUUUCCUGUUAAAGAAAGAGAAGAAAACUCUCUCCAGCCUCCCAAAGACCAAUACUGCUAACAUAACACUUUGGAAACAUUUGUCAGGUCAUUUUUCCUGCAUCAAUUUCUGUUUGGUUUUCACAUUGUUCGAAUCAUACUGUGUUUGCAACUUUGUAUCCUGUUGUAUUUAACAUCCAGGGUGUAUCUGGAUUUUUUUCCCUGCAUGUUCAAUUUAUCCUGGUUAUUAUAAAUGUUCAUUUUCUAUAUACAUUUAUGUAAAGAGCAUCACUCCACUGGUUUUUUUCUUCCUUCACAGCAAACUUUGAAAAUGUUGUUUCCUCCCCAACGCCUCCUCUCUCUCUCUUCUUCCAUCCUUCUUUCCUUUUCUCUUCCUGCUGCUUGCUGGUCCCCCCUUACUGCCUUCUUCCAUUUCUGGAGUCAGGAGCAGCUGCUUUUUCCUUGGUAAGAGACACAGACAGGACAUCUAUAGGGCCACAGGUCUAGUAGUCCUGGGGCGCCUGCCGGGCAGAAGGAAAACAUCUGAUGAGGUCUCCCAAGCUGGAUGUGAAGGUGUGGAGAGGCAGAUCAUGCCAAUUGCCAAUUGCAGCGAGAAGCCCAUCAUUACAACCACAGACCGCGAGGAAACCAGCACAGGAUCUGGAGCUUGCUGGCUCACUGGCUGCUGCGCUGGCCCCACCAGCCUGUUUUUCCAUCACAUGCCUUUUAGGCAGUAGAGAACUGGGCAGAGGGAACCCUCAGUUCUCUGCCCCAACCAAGCUGGGGACCCUUGAGAAUAUCUCCAAGACAACUAUAACAGUCUCUGUUCAACAGAUGAGAGAAAGGGACAUCUAUAGGUUCAGUCGCCUGACCAAGGUCACACAGUCUUCCCAUUUAUGUGUGCAUGUCUGCACAUAUGUGAGUGUGCCUAUGUGUAUGAGAAAGACAGAGUCAGGGAGACGAACAACCGCAGGGAUGGUGGAGGAUAAAGAUGCAGGUGGCCAAGAGGAACAGCUCAAUGGAGAGCAAGCAUGGCAUCUGUGUCAGCAUUGUCCCCAGGCUGGAAUGUCUGCAAUAGGACCACCUGAGCUGAUUUAUGAGGGGCUUUGGGGAGCCAGGAGCAGGAAGAAUCCUCUUCAGCAGCUGGCUAGGUCUCACCAGUAGCAGCAGCCCCAGCAGCAUUAGCAGCAAGUGUUCAGAAGGGGUAUGGAAUAUGUGGAGAUAGAGGGAGGGUCCUCCAUGCCUUUGAUGUCUGAUCCGGCUACCCUUGGCCUCGUCAGCUUCACCAGGCGGAGAACUCCUUACAGGCCUCAGUCACUAUCUUGAUAAGGAAGAAUUUUCAUCAAAAAUAA